AAGCCAUCACCGUCAACUGCCGCAUGGUAUUACCGUCACGGGUACGCGAACGAGCCGGAAAGUUGUCUCGUCACGCCGGUUUUUACUGCACAGUUCUGAUUUUUAUCCUCGUAAUUAUUUAAACGGGUAAUACACGAAAUCGCAGGGUAGUCGCGUGUUAUUUUAAUGCCACAAUCAAGUUGACAUUUUAUGAUUGCGCGGAAUCACCGGCUCGUUACAUAACCUCCACACGAGGCGUUCAUCGGAGCGUAUCCGAUUAGGCAGCAAGAAUUAAUUCAGUGAUAGCAAUACAUACACUUUUCCAGAAGAGUUACCUAACAUUCCAGCUCUUCAUUGAACUGCAAAUUUAUAUAACGCGAACCUACGUACCUAUACAAGUUCUUGAGACGAGAGCGAAAGCUUUGAGAUGUUUCGAUUACUGCCUAAUCUUUGUCCUCAAGUGAAAUCUUUGGUACUGAGUGCAGGCUCUACAAUAAACGUGGCAAAACAAAGUCAGCUCAAAGGCGUGCGCUGUUUCUCCGUGAGUUCGAACCUGUUCAGCGGAUGGCCGCAGGUACAGAAACCUGCACCAGAGUUUGCCGGCACAGCUGUGGUCAAUGGAGAUUUUAAAGAGAUUAAGCUGUCAGACUAUCGAGGCAAAUAUGUCGUCUUGUUUUUCUAUCCUUUGGACUUCACGUUUGUCUGCCCUACUGAGCUGGUAGCCUUCGGCGAAAAAAUUGCCGAUUUCAAGGCACUGAACACCCAAGUUAUUGGAGUGUCGACGGAUUCACACUUCAGUCACCUGGCAUGGAUCAACACUCCGAGGAAGCAAGGUGGCCUCGGCGGUGACCUGGGUUAUCCUCUCUUAAGCGAUUUCAACAAACAGAUAUCGGCUAAAUACAACGUCCUACUCGAGGAGUCCGGUGUGGCACUACGAGGUCUCUUCAUAAUCGACCGCGAAGGCAUUCUGCGACAGCUAACCAUCAACGAUCUGCCAGUUGGAAGAAGCGUGGACGAAACUCUGCGUCUGAUCAAAGCUUUCCAAUUCGUCGAGAAGCACGGCGAAGUGUGCCCUGCUAACUGGCAGCCCGAGUCGAAAACCAUCAAGCCUAACCCCAAAGACAGCAAGCAGUACUUCGAGUCCGUUAAUUAGCGCUAAAGACAUGAAUGAAGGUGGUUGCUUCGAUGUCUCCACUUCUCCACCCAGAAGACGACCUGGAAGUGACUCCGAAUGACUGCGGUCUCCUAAACCUCUCGGUCCAGAUAUUUACCCUUACUUCCAAUUACAUCGAGCCAGAGUAUCCUUACGAGGUCCAAUAUCGAGUUCUUCUUUCCAGCGCCUAUACACGUACCUCGAUAUUCCGAUGAAGGUCCUCGCCCUUCGUCGGAUCGCAUAAAGCGAUCAAAGAAGCCGGCUCUCAAGGUGGAUAUCAAAGUGCUCUUUAUUCACGGAAGCGUCAAUUAAGGUAAUAGCCCCGGCGGUAGACGCGGUCGACCCCGAAGAUGACCCGGAAGAAGAGGAGCGAGCACUUCGCCACCAGGAUCGGCGAUUGCCACUUUGAUGGGGCCGACGAAGAGGGCCGAAGAGGGUGCGGAGGAGCCCGAAGAAGAGGACUUUGCCUACACACACCAGGAGUUUUCCCGCAGGACCGAGGGGCGGUCUCGUCGGUUCAAUCAGACGCAAAGGGGCACGGCCGAUGAAUGGAGAGACCGGGGGUUUGCCUCGGCUGAAGAGAGUGGAAGAGAGGAGAGAGAAGGAGGGAGACGGCACCAAUCUCCUGCUGGUUGAUUUGAUUCUUUGUGGCGAUGGGAGCAAUAGCGGAUCGAGUCACCAAAGACUGUUCCGGAUUAUCCUGCCGCUCCCUCGCUCUCGCCUCUGCGCCUCUCACACUCGCCUGGGCCUUUCAAAAAGCUACCUCGAUUCCUCGCGAUUUAUUUCCGACGGUCUCCUCUCCGGUUUCUAAUAGGUUCCCCGGCCCCUUAUGCCGAGGAAGAGCGAUUCCGUACCUCGGGAUGGCUCGAUCGCGGUUUCCUAGGAGGAACGUAAGGAGGGAAAAGGAGUUAGGAGGAAAUUGCGCCGAGGCAAAGAAUUUUUAUGGAACAUUUUGGUAUAGAGUGGCGAUUGGGAUCCUGGAAGUUGGUUCGAUCGUGAUUUUUUAGGAGGAAAUUGUUGGGCCGAGGCAGUGAACUUUUAUGCGUGGACGUUCUGGUACUAGGGUGGUGUUUGGGGUUCUGUAAAUUGGCUUGGUCGUGAAUUCUCUCCCGAGUUCCUCCGUCGACGUUCAUGGUUGAAAUUCUAAUAAUUAUAACUUACAUUCUAACAAUUAAUUGAAAGUAUGAAAUUCCCAGGAUCACAGGUUAGGGUUCCAAAAAUCGCCGUUAGAAUUUCACCGAAUGGCGUUAAAGUUCCAAGAAUCACAUUUGAAAUUCUAACGAUCGCGUUAAAAAUCCUGUCAUGUCUGACAUUCCAGCGAUUAAUUAAAAGUAUAAAAUCCAUCGUUGAAAUUCCCAGGAUCACCGUACAAAAUUCCAAGAACCCAAAUUAAGGUUCCAAAAAUGGCCGUUAGAAUUUCACCGAACGCCGUUAAGGUCCUAAAAAUCAGGGUUUAAAAUUCGAACAAUCCCAGGAAGAGUGGGCCAAGAAUCGCGGUCAAAGCUCUCUCGAUCCCGGUUAAACGAGAGACCGGAAGGAAAAUCCUUAAUCUCCCAAGUGGCCCAACUAGCGGCGUCUCCAGCGUCUCGUAAAAUGUCCGGGGUCCAUUCCUCGAGAGGAAGGCAGGUGGAGAGAUGUCGAAACGAAAGCCCACCUUCAAUGGAAAAUAAAUAUAUAUAUAUACAUAUAAAUAUAUAUAUAUAUAUCGCCGAGUGACCAGUCGGCCCACCCUUUGUGCACCUUUGUCUCCCUUUGCCGGGGGGAAACAGCGCUCGUUCGCGGGUCUCGAAAUCCAUAAAACCCCGAGAUUCCGGGUGUAUCCGCGAGUAAUGCAUUCGGAUGCGAAGAGCUCGGAUAUCCCGGGCAGAAUAGCAGGUGCAUAAAGUCGGGGAUCAAAGUUGCGCCCGGAGGGGGAGAGGGAGGAACGGAGUCAAAUCCGCGAGCUGGAAACGAGCGUCAUCGGGGUAGUUUUCCUCUCCGCCUCCCCCCCGCGGUCUAUCAAACCAAUAAAACCCCGACCCCAACUGGGGUCGCGUAUACACGCGGCGCGGGGAAACCGCAAUCCGCAGCGCCCGCAGCGGACACAUCGCCGAGUGGUGCAAGGCCCCGGGACGUUCCGCCCUUUCCGCAUAUACCGCACCGCCUAAUAAAUCCCUACGUCGAGGGCUCUCUUAUGACUCCUCGAUAUCCCGGAGUCAGGACGAGUUUAUAUCUGCUCGUACUUGGUGCGGAGCUCUGCCGGGUUUCUUUACGCCAACCGGGCAUCUAAAAGUUGUUUAUAGGAAUUUCCUUGGGCGCACCGAAUUGUGUAAAAUUUUAUCACGUU